UAUCUUUUUGUCCUUCCUCGCUCCCAAAUGGUAAGGGAAAGAGAAGCUUCUGCUGCUGUUGCUGGAAUUCGGGUAUGGGUUGUUCUUGUUCUGCUCUUCUCCGUGUUGGUGCUCCUAUUCCUCCCUCCUCGCUCCCUCUCUUCCUCGUUCCGUGGCUCCCGGAUCAUUGUGGUAAGGAACGGAUGGGAUACCCUCAACCUACUUCUCGUCCUCUUCGCCAUUCUCUGCGGCCUCCUCGGCCGCCGCUCUGGCGGCGACGACGACGCUGAGAAGUCUCUUCAGGAGGCCGCCCCCACGGUGGGUAUUCGUGUGAUGCGGAGCAGCAGCUCCUACGGCGAUCUGAGGGCGGAAGUAGCGACAUUUGGCGCCGCCUCCAAUGAUGGGUGGCGUUGCUACGAUGAUGCCCAUCUUUGUCGCCGGAGGUCAGAGUCGGAGGGGUGCGAGAGGCAGAGGUUUGGGUAUCUGGACCCGAAGACGAUUCCGGUGGUCACGUUCGUUCUUCGACAGAGCUCCUCUACAAGAUCUAGAUCUCCGCCGAGUCCGCCGUCGCCACCACCGCGGCGGCGUCCGGGGAAGAGAGCGGUAGAUGGGCUUCCAGGAAGGGAGGCGGACAAGGCUGAGAUCUUUCGAUCAGAAAAGCCCCAUCCACAGUCACCGCCUCCGUCGCAGCGCCAGCCUGGGAGGAGGAACGACGUCGAUAAGUUACAAGAGGACAAGGAAGUGGACAAAGAUGAGAUCUUUAGUUCGGAGAAUCUUCAUCCACGGUCGUUACCGCCGCCGCCACCGAUGCCGCCCCAGCCGAGCAGGAGGAAGACCAUGGAGAAGUUUCCGGCCGGGGAAAUGAGACAGAUUGCAGAGUUCGCGAUGAAGUCUCACCUGUCGUUACCAGCGUCGGAAACCUCGCAGCGUCGGAGAGGGAGCGUCGGGAAUAUUCCAAAAUGGGAGGUGGACCAAGAUCCUGACUUCCCACUCGAGAAGCCUCAGACACCACCGCCAGCGCCACCCCCACCACCUCAGCCGGUACGGUCGCUGCCGCCGGAGGAGAUAAUUAGUCAUAAUAAGUGGAGCACUGCUGGGGCGAAGGACAUCGAGACAACUGUCGCUUUGUCCUAUCAGAAGAAGAAGAGAGGGAGCAAGACGAAGAGGUCUCCCAAUGAUACAACCCUGCAAUACGAAGUCGUGGCUUCUUCCGCUCCUCCGCCGCCACCUCCACCCCCUCCGCUGCCUUCUGCGUUCUUCAACCAGCUUUUCUCCCGCAAGAAACUGGGAGGCAAGAACGGGAGGAUCCACUCAGUCCCAGCAACUUCUCCACCACCGCCACCGCCUCCACUACCACCCGCGCUAACACAACACCAUAGGAAGCAAGUUUUACACCCUCCCCCUCCCCCACCGCCACCGCCACCGCCUCCCCUGCCUUCAUCUUCGAGACGACCAGAAAAGUCCAGCCUUUCAAAGUACCCGUCCCCGCCUUCCUCUCCCCUUAGGGGAGAGACGGUGAGGUUUCGGCAAAGAGAAUCAAGGGACGGGGUGUCGGUGUUCUGCCCGAGCCCCGACGUGAACAACAAGGCGGACCUCUUCAUCGCUCAGUUCCAUGCAAAUUGGAAGCUCGAGAAGCAGAACUCCAUACGUGAGAAGGAGCGGCGGAGGCGACGAAACCAACACGAAGCUGAAUUGAAGAUGGCCAGAAAGGCGUCCCAAUGAAGCUCCGACGCGCACUCAUUCUGCACCUUCUCCGGCGCCUCCGUAACGCCGCAAUCAAUCCAUUUCACCUUCGUUCUUCUCCCCAACACAUUCGUCUCGACUUCAUGGUAAUAAAAGAUGAACACUGCCAUCAUAGAGCGCAAAUUUGGGCUUUAGAUCAUGUUUCUUGUUCUCUAUUAUUCUUAUGCUGUUACAUGGUUCGGAUUCAUAAUCCUUUAUGUGCUAAACUUGAUAAGGUAAGGAUUGAGACCUGUGUAAAA